CUCUCAGUUGCUCAUUAUCUUCUUCUUCUUCUUCCUGCUCCUCCACCUUUACUUGAUGUUGUCGUCGUCGUUGUUGUUGUUGCUGCUGCAGUCAAUUUUGGAAUCAUUUUAAUACCCUUGGUUACGUUUUUUACCAAAAUUUCUAUAAACUUAUCUUUCCCUCUUUAUAUUUACUCACUUUCAUCCGUCAUUCGCCUUUUCUUUCUUUGCUUGUAAGCCCUUUUUCUCUGUCUUUCUUGUAUACUUAACACCAACAACUUUUGUGUGCUUUUCUUUUUCUAUUUUGUCGUUUCUUUUAUCUCAUACCCAUUAUUAUAUAUCAUUGACAUAGCCAGCAGCACCAUAUCAUUCGAUCAUAGUGUGUGAAACAUAACGUACACGAACAAUGAUAUUCAGUCGACAAGUGCGGAUUGGGAUCAUGUUAGGCAUCAAUGGUGCCUUUUUCCUGGCUGAAAUCAUUAUUGGCUACUAUGCCAGCUCACUCGCGCUGGUAGCUGAUUCCUUUCACAUGUUGAAUGAUAUGAUGAGUUUAGCUGUGGCUUUAUGGGCCGUCAAGAUAGCUAAAAGAAGCAGUGCUGACAAUCCGAAAUAUUCGUACGGAUGGCAGCGAGCCGAGAUUCUCGGCGCGCUAGUCAAUGCAGUGUUUCUGCUCGCACUCUGCGUCAUGAUUGUUAUUGAAUCUAUACAACGGUUUGUUGAGCCCGAUCCGGUCACAGACCCUUUCCUUGUCCUAAUUACGGGAUGCUGCGGUUUGGCCGGUAAUCUUGUGGGGUUGUUUUUAUUCCAUGAACACGGACACGGACACGGACACGGGCAUGGACACGGGGGUAAUCCGCAACAUCAUCAUAAACAUGCGGAGGGAGGUGACGAAGAAAAGCAACAACCUGCUCAUCAUGAGCAUGGCGGUCAUUUGAACAUGAAAGGGAUCUUCCUCCAUGUCCUAGGCGAUGCAUUAGGCAAUAUUGGUGUUAUCGCAACAGCACUCAUUAUCUGGCUAACUGACUUGUCCUGGCGAUUCUACUUUGAUCCGAUCGUCAGUCUGGUGAUAUCAGCCAUCAUCUUUGCAUCUGCGAUCCCUCUUGUUAAAGCAACGGCAUCGAUUCUUUUACAAGCAGCUCCGACAAAUAUAGCCAUCGAUAAAGUGAAAAAAGAUAUGCUAGAGCUUGAAGGCAUAUUAGCUGUUCACGAGCUUCACAUCUGGCAACUCUCGGAUACCAAGCACAUUGCAUCUGUUCACGUGCUACUAAAAGAUCAGUCAACUUAUAUGAAGGUGGCUACACGUAUAAGAAAACUAAUGCACACGUAUGACGUCCACUCUGUAACAGUACAGCCUGAAUUCACAAGCCUUGCAGGAGCAGAAAUAAGAGGAGGAGGAGCAGAUUCGGCUGCUAUUGCCUUAGAGAGCGGCACAAUGAUUGAAAAAGCCAAGGAUAUAAAUAACAUUGAGUGGGAUACCUUGUAUGAAUACGCUUGUUUAUUACGCUGUACAGAUAAUGCUUGUGUAGAAAAUGCCUGUUGUCCGUUACAAAAGUCGGAUUCCAAAUCAUCAUCAUCAUCCGAAUAAUACCAGUAGUUAAUAAAUAUAUGCACAUGCGACUGAGAAAAGAAAGAGGCUCGUUGCAAUAGAAUGUUCCUGCUUAGAAACUUUUUCUUUUUAUAAUAAAGAUGAAAAAAAAAACAAUA